AGCAGGUCUUCAUUGACGGGGUCGAUUGAUUAGGACACCGCUUUCUAGAUGACAUUGGAGUAUUACCUCUGUAGAUAAAUAACUUGGUAGUGCGUGAAUUUCCGCUGGGAGAUUCGCCUUGGAGCCUGCCUUUGGCCCGAUCGCCCUUUCUGGCAACAACCGUCUUUGAUCCAAAGACAGUCCAACUGCUCGUGGGGAUUUCCCAUUUUCAAUCCGUUUCCCUCUUUCCCUCCAACUCCCUCCCCUUUCCUCGUUAUCGCCUCUGCCGUGAGCCCGGAGUUCGCUGCUUCUCCGUCCUCUCCUCGCCAAUUUUGCUCUACACUUCGGUUGGCACCUAACCGAGCAAAAAAAGUGUCACCGGGCAAGACCUGUUCCCCUGGAGUUAUGUCGGACGACGAAGCAGACCCCGAGUUGAUUGCGCUUCUGCGCAAGACACUGGGACUAGGAGGCUCUUCAGAUCCUCGAACCGCAGAGACAAAAGUGCUGGAAAAUGCGCAAUACGCUUUCGACAAUGCCAUCGACGUCGCAUUAAACCCCUCCAAGACGAAAGAAGCCGCGGAGACGAUAUGGAACCUGAUGCAGAAGAAAGAAUACUCGACGCAAACAUGGUCGGAGCACGAAUUACACCCUAAAGCGAAAGACGAAAACACCGUCGACUUCAUUUUCACCAUGGAUCUCCUCAACUUCAGUUUCUGGUCUGAGCUCCCUAGCGAGAAGCGCUUCGCGAUUGAGUACCGAGGAAAGAAGUGGACAGGCUACUGGAGCUUGGUCGCUGCCUUGCAGAGAGCUUUGGAUGAGGACAUUCCGAUCACCACGCCGGAGUUUUGGACCAAGGAAGAUGAAUGUACCGAGGACCUUAUCAAGCAUGUCUUCCGCUCUGCCACCGAUGAAGAGAUUCCUUUGCUCCAGGAACGUCUUCAGUGCCUGCGAGAAGCAGGUCGAGUUCUUUGCAGAGAGUAUGAAGGUAGUUUCGUCAACUGCAUCUACAACUCCAAUUACUCUGCGGCUUCGCUAGUCAAUUUGCUAGCAGAGAGCUUCUCCUGCUUCCGGGACGAGACAACCUUCCACGGGCGGAGAGUGCGAAUCUACAAGCGGGCUCAGAUCUUGGUUGCGGACCUUUGGGCUUGCUUCAAUGGUGAGGGAUAUGGAGAAUUUAACGAUAUUGAUAAAAUCACCAUGUUUGCAGACUAUCGUAUCCCUCAGAUGCUCCACCAACUCGGCUGUAUGUCAUACUCGCCGCCCUUGGAAAGCCACAUACGCAGGUUGCAGCCGAUCCCUAGCGGAUCCAACUGGGAGAUUGAGCUUCGAGCGACCAGUAUCUGGUGUGUUGAAUUGAUAAGAAGGGAAAUCGAACGCCGACACCCAGAAACCAGGGUAAACCCGACGGUGAAGCCCAACCAAGACAAGGCGUCACAAGAAGACGAAGACACCGAAGAUCACCAGCAGAAAUGCUCAACCCAGAAGUUUGUCAAGAAGGAACCCGUUCAAAAACCCGCUGGAAUGGGCGUGAACGCUAUCUUGAUAGAUUUCUUCCUCUACGACACCAUGAAAGAAAUAGAGAAGACCGGACAGGAGUCCAUCCCGCAUCAUCGGACAAGGAGUAUCUGGUAUUAGACUGGCGGCAAAGCAUAUCAUCUGCGUUUGUUUUUGUCUCUAUCGGCUUUUCCAAAACUAUACCCCGUUGCUUUACUUGGCCACGCAUUGCGUUUGAGGGUUGCUUUUCGGGUGGGUGAUGGGUAUAGACUUGCAUACAUUGUGAUAAUGAUACCAUAGCAUUG